GCCCGGUGCCAGUCCGCGGCUCACCGGCGCAGCGGGCGCACGUGAGAUGACGUGACACGAUGUCCUUCCGCAGACUGCUGAGCGCUCUCCGACACGCGCGCGACGCCGUCCACCGCGGGGCGCCCAUGGCGGACAACAUCCUCAAGUCGAUACUCUCCGUCGUGGUCAUCUGCUGCAUCGCGGUCUCCUCCCCGCAGAGCGCGUCCGCCAAGCCCUUCAUCAGCUUCCCGGCGAGCUGGUCGCUGUCAGGGCUGGUGGGCGCCGUGCGCGAGGACGCGGAGAGAGAGCCGGGCGUCAAGCCGUACACGGGGCGGAGAGUCAGCAACGAGACUCUCCGCAUGAUAUACUUCCACGACCAGACGGUGGCGGUGGUGGAACUGGGGGAGGACAAGCUGCUGCUCAAUUGUGAGCUCAUCGAGACUUAUGAUGAGGAAGACACGGGCCGUCUCCUCCGCCAGCUCCGCAGCAUCAACCGGCCGCUGAGCGUCAGCUUCCCGCAGAUGACCAGGCUCAUGGGGCAAUGCCAACAGGUGGAGGGAGUGGAGGCGGGUGCGGGCGCGGACGCGGGAGCGGGAGCGGGAGCGACGCGCGAGGGCUGGCGGGAGCGAGGCGCAGCGCACGCCCGACUGCAGGCGGGCGGCGCGCACGCGGGCUUGCUGGGCGGCAGCCCGCUCUCACUGCUGCAGGGCAUCAUACCCGGCACGAAGUGGUGCGGCACGGGCGACAUAGCGGCCGACUACCACGACCUGGGCGCCGACCGGCCGCUCGACCGCUGCUGCCGCACGCACGACCUGUGCCCCAGCAAGGUGCGCGCCUUCUCGCGCCGCUACAACCUCACCAACAACUCGCUCUACAGCAAGUCGCACUGCACGUGCGACGACAUGCUGUUCGACUGCCUCAAGGCCACCAACACCUCCGCCGCGCAGCUCAUGGGCCACAUUUAUUUCAAUAUAGUUCAAGUACCGUGCUUAGAAGACUAUACAUCGGGGAGACGGUUCAGGGAUGCUAAGUUAGGGUUUUAGCGACAUCUAGUGUCGGGUAGCCAAAUUAGUGAAACUUGUGAAAUAGCGCCAUCUUGUUACUAGUAAUUACGUUAGUUAUUUGCACGGAUUUAUAGAAACGCUGUAUAUUUUUUGCAUUUAUAAAGUAAUGAAAAUAUUUGUGUUGGCGUGAAAUGUAACUGUAAAUAAUUUGUAAAGAAUAAUAAAACUAAUUAAUGAUAAAAUACACGUUAAACCUGUGAUAUGUCUGUGCCUUGAAUUGUUCUUUAUUGUAUAAUUAGAUGAUGGCGCUAAACAUUUCACAUACCUACUUAUUAGUCAAAAUAUAUUUUAAAAUAGUGAAGUAAUUAUUUAUUUGUCAUAAUUAAGAUAAUUAACACAAAAAUCUUAUUCAAAAGAACUUGAUCGUUUAUACAUACAGUAUUAUAGCACGACUAUGACUAAAUGUUAUUGAAUCGCUAUAUUAUAAUGUAAGGUGUACCAAAUACAACUGUUUAUUUUAUUAA